AUGUCUUCUCAGUAUAACAAGCCCAGAAUCGUACGGUGGAGCCUGAGAGUGCCUCCAGAUGAAUGCGAUAAGCUACACAUAUGGAUGCGGCUUGAUCGGCGGCCUGAAAGAUUCAAUAAUCGACGAGGGGUACGAUAUGACGGCCUCAACGAUCUCAUCCGUACCAUGGGUGGCAAACACAAAGACAUUGUCAUAGGAAACUAUAAGCAAGGCUUCCACGCCUAUGGUCUAUUUUUCAAGGAUCAUACCUGGCAGCAGAGAAAUAAUGGGGAUGGCGCCCAGCUGCUAGUCGGAUGUAUUCCGUACGAGAGAGUCCAGGACAAAGCGACGAGAAGAACAAUGGAGAGACGAAUUUACAUUGGGGUGGUGAAGAACAACGGCUGGACAAUUGAAGAAAUCGAGGCUCUUGCUAGAGCUGAGAUAGCCGGAAAGGUAUAUCAUCACCGAAGGUAUAAUUGCGAAACGUUCGCACUUAACCUUGCGAACAUGUUGAAGGACCAAUGA